GUAAGAGCUAUGUCAGAGUGCUGUGUAUGUGUGAAUCAUAUACACAGCAGACUGCUCUCCUCCCAGUUAUUGCUCAACAGAUGAGGACACACGCUGACUUUCAUAAGAUCCCUUAUAGGAAGUUGCAACAUGUGCUCAAGGCUCCACUAAAGAGGAAGUCAAAACUGGAGAAGACCCAUCUUAACUUUGAGCUAAUUUUUUAAAGCAGAAGAUGUUUUUACAGGAUUUUCAUGUGACUUGAGGUGGACAGUGGACUACAAUAACAUCAGACUGCCAUGGGUCUGAGUUCAACACUGAGAAGCCUUCUGUUUUUCCUCGGGACGUACAGGAUUUGUUCAGGAUUUGUGCAAGAGAACUGUAUCAACUACAAACUCCAGUUCGAGAGGGUUUAUUCUGUUCCCGGUGAGGUAGCUAUGCUGAACAGCACCCUUGUAUCUCCGGAUGUCUUCAACUUCACAAAUGUGCCUUACAACAUCACCUGGUAUGACUCAAGAACCGGUCAAGAAAUAAACAACCAGACCGGUCGAAUGUUGGUGCAAGGGGAGACUCUGUGGUUUCUCAGGAUAACACUGGAAGACGAUGGAGAAUAUGUGACCAUCCUGAGGACUCCCUCUCAGUGCUACAUGCAGUCCACCAAGCUGAUAGUGGAUGAACCCAUUCCUGGAGAAUGUGGGAGGCCACAGAAAGUUGGCCAAACACUUACAAAGGGAGUGACUGACAAGCUGUCCUGCCCUCUGUGGGACCACAUCAACAAACUGAAUAGCUACAAUAUCGCCACUUCCGUCCAGUGGUACAAAGGUUGUGAGCCCAUAGAGGAUGGGACAGGAAGGUACACCUACUGGGAUAUGACCAAACUAAGGAUUGAUGGGGUGGAUUCUCAAAACAGCGGCUCCUAUACAUGCACUUUGUCCUUCACUCUUGGUGGGGUUAUGGGAUCUAUGUCAGAGACCAUCAAUGCAGAGAUCAGAGAGGAGUAUGGUAUGGUUCCACAAGUGCAUGAACCUGUCCAUGAAAUAAUUAAGGCAGACAAAGGCUCCAGUUUUAGCAGGCGGUGCCUGGUUUUUGUUCCCUGCGUUGGGAUGCCCUUUGUUGAUGUCAUGUGGUUGGUUAGGGAUGGUUUCAUCAGUACUAACCCUGCCAACCGUGUCUACACAUCAGAAGAACGUGUGUGGAAUCAGGAUAUUCCUAUCAAAGGACUUUGGAUUGAGAAGGUGCUGAUGUUUUCUGAGCUAAGGGAAGAGGAUUUUGGCGUCAACUACACGUGCCGAGCGUACAGUACCAGAGGCUUCCCUCAGGGAUAUUUUACUCUGUUACCAGCAGAUCCCAACAUCAUACUACCCAUUGGACUGGUGCUUGGAGGAAUGAUGGUUCUCUUUAUCAACAGCAUCAUCAUCUACUACCUUUUUAAGGUUGACAUUGUGCUGUGGUUCAGAAGAGCAUUUCCAGUCCUCUAUCCAAAUAAAGAUUUAGAUGGGAAGCUGUAUGAUGCCUACGUGGCGUAUCCACAGCCAUGUGCCACUGGAUUUAGUGAGGAAGUGGAGGACUUUGCCCUUCAUACUCUGCCUCAAGUGUUGGAAAAGGCCUGCGGCUACAAACUCUUCAUAGCGGGCCGUGACUGUCUACCCGGGGGGGCCAUAGUGGACUCCGUGGAGGAGAACUUACGAGUCAGUCGCUGUGUCCUUCUGCUCUACACCGCCUCCACCUUCACCAGCAAAAGACACACAAGCAGUACUAGCAGCAACAAUAACAACAUCUCUAAGAUCUGUGACACCAAUGAAAACAGCAAAAGCAAAACCCCAGAGGACAGUGACAGCAUGAAUUAUUAUGAUGAUAAAGAAGUCUAUUCAGACACAAGGCAGCAGUUUGAGUGUGUGGCAGCAAUGUACAGAGCGCUUCUAGAGGGAUCUCUCAAGGUGGUUCUGGUGGAGUUGGAAGAGAUCAGCCCAGCUCAGCUCGCUCUCUUCCCAGAGUCGGUGCGUCAACUAAGGAAGAAGCAAGGUGCUGUGUGUUGGUGGAAGAACUUAGAGAGGAGGCAUAGGUCUGUGACAUGUGACAUGAGGAGGAGAGAAGAUGAAGAGAAAAGUGGACAGGACACACAGCGGUCUCCAUCCCUCUCUCCCUCCUCCAGGUUUUGGAAGGAGAUGAGGUAUCAUAUGCCUGUGAGGGGAAAGAGGGAUGUGUUUCCCGAGAAAACUGCCCUGCUGAAUUUAUGAUGGGGUUAUAGCUGGUUUCAAUAUAAAUGUGGAUGGGAUUAAGCCCCCUCUCUCACUUGGAAAAUUUGAGUUGUUAAAAUGUGCAGAUCAUUACUGUGUUUGUGUUAUUGCUGAGGUUUGCGAAUUGUUGAUGUUCUCUCGCAGGUUGAGACUGAUGUUGGCUUUUAGUUAUCAAAUGUACAUAUGUAUAAUAAAGACUGUAAAUGUGUAAA